AUGUUCAACCAUGAUUGGAAGUACUCCAUUAAUUCAAAAACCUUUGACGAUCUUGAUAUUGAGUUAUUUCGAAACCAUAGGUUUAAAACCGUUUUGAACUACAUAAUAGGCGUUAUUGGAUGGAACGGACUGAAAGUGGCUCUCUUCGUAUCUGACGUUUACACAUGUAUCAAACUACUAGCAUUCAACUCGUGGUCAAAUAACAUAAUUCGUCCUUACUUAUCCUUUAAAAUAUCAAAGUGGUUAUUUAGUGGUUGCAUUCUUGCAUCUAUCGUGCUACUGGUAUGGGAAUCCAUAGCUGGAAUAAGGAUAUAUAAGACAGGAAAUAUAUCGUUGACAUAUGUUAACAAUUUUUCUAGAAAUUUAAAUUCCGUGCUCAAUUAUUCUAAAUUUUGCGUUUACAAUAUGAUCGAACGGAAGGGGUUUCGACAGAAAAUGACAUUUUUCACUUUUUUCCAACUAAAAGAUUGUAUAAGAUUAAUCUUCACAGACACACCAAGACAAGUAAUUAACGGUCUUACAUUAUGGUCGGUGCUUGUAACCGUUAAUAAGAGCGAAGAUUUGGGCGAUCUGGAAUCAUUUAGUGGUUUAAUCAAUAAAUUGAAAAACAUCGGAAAAACCAAUCACGAAGAAGCAGUGAUACUGUCAUUAAUGCUCUUUUCGUUUAUUGUUUGGACAUUAUUUGUGUUCAAAUUCUUAGUGGCUAUCAUUUGCUCAAUAUUUGUUUACUAUAAGAUAAUUAACGAUCAAAAAUACGGCGGGUUGCGUGAAUAUAUCUGUGUUACUGUUAGCGAAAACAUUGACGAACUUGUUGAAAGACAAAGAAAAAAGGAAAAUGAGAGCACAAUUUAUAAGACAGGCCUUCUUGAAUCCCAAACCUUUAGUGAUUUUAAUGAAUUAGAAAAUAAACUCGAGUCAUCUUUUAAUGAAACCUCGUACACUUCCAAUAACGAUUCCACGAUAGAGUUAGUGGAGAGGAGACCAGAAUAUAAUAGUCAAAAUGCGUUUGAAUAUGUUCCAAUAAUGAAGAAAGUAGAAACAACGGAAUCGUUUGUCGACAAUGGUAAUGCGCAACAUGCAACUAGAUUCUCUGCGAUUUUAGACCCACCGAAUACCAAUACGUACAACACCAGUAAUAUAAAAAAAAGUCUCGAGACGCAAGAUAGAAACUUUUCAGACGCUCAGAGAUAUGAAGAUUCGAGCGUCCUCAGUGGGCUCAACCAGAAGUCGUCUACUACCAGGCUACUACAAUCCACAACCUCGACAGAAGUUCACAUGUCAUUAGACUCAACACCAAAUACAAUGAAUUUCCAAAAGUCGAAUAAUGAAACUCGGAGGCCCAAGCCACCUAGUUUACAGACAAGCGGGAUGGUAAAUUCAAGCACUGUUUCAGAGGACAAUGAGAGAAUAUAUACUCCAAUGAAGGCAUACUUCAGGGAAACUGGUCUUCCGAGGAAAGGUCUACUAGAAGAUGAAGAUUAUACAUAUCACUACACCUAA